AUGCGAGCAGAAUUAUCACAAACUCUUUACGGUAACGCUUUGAUGUCGGAGUUGAGGGCGUCCAAAUUCAUUUUGAGUGGCGUUUCACCCGGAACCACUAAAAGUGUAGCGCAUCGACUUCUUCUUCAACAUGGAUAUAUUCAUCAAGAAGGAACCGGACUCUAUAGCUUUCUGCCUUUGGGUCAACGAGUCAUCGACAGGUUAACACGAUUAGUGGACAUCGAGCUGGAAACAUUGGGUGCUAUGAAGGUCAGCAUGCCCACACUAGGAUCGAAAGUAUUAUGGGAAAAGGCUGCUCGAUGGAACAGCAUGGAAUCUGAGCUGUUCAAAAUUCGAGAUCGUAAUGAUGUUGAGAUGUGCUUACAGCCUACAGCUGAAGAGAUGUGCACGCAAAUGAUUGCACAGCUCCCUUUGCAAAAGAAACGAAUGUUUCCAUUGUUGAUCUAUCAGACUACGGAGAAAUUUAGGGAUGAAAUGAAUCCAAGAUUUGGUUUACUUCGAUCUCGGCAGUUUCUUAUGAAAGAUCUCUAUUCUUUCGAUCUUACAAAAGAGUAUGCUAAACAUACUUAUGAGAAAGUUUGUCGGGUAUAUGACCGAAUUCUUCGAGAUCGUUUAGGAUUAGAAGUGUAUAAAGUGGUUGCACAACCGGGUAUUUAUGGAGGUUCACUAUCUCACGAGUACCACCUUCCAAAUCCACUGGAAGAAGAUGGAAUUCACUUCUGUUCCAAGCAAGUUCUUCCUUUUUUAUCUUUAUUUGUUAUGUGGCCGAAAGUGAGUGACACGCACGAACUAUACUUGAUCUGCCUUCUUUUAUACGCUUUUGCGGUUAUCGAUUCCAAAUUGUUCGUGUGCCGCAGUGGAAGCAAGAAGGAAGAUGGUCUUUACAAGUGCGACCACGACGAAUCAGCAGUCAAGACAUUUUCUACCGUCGAAGUUGCUCAUACGUUCAAUUUAGGUACCAAGUAUUCAGAAGCUUUUGGUGCUCUCAGCAAAAACAGAGAACCAUAUGAGAUGUGUUGUUUUGGCAUUGGAAUUAGCAGGCUCCUUCCAGCUAUUGUCUCACUCCUGUCUCCAAAUGAGAAGGCAAUACGACUACCCCCGCUUAUCGCGCCAUUUUCAGCCGCAGUUGUUGUUUCGAAGAACCUCCUGGACAAUGUAAUGACUGAACUGACAUUGUCUUCACUCGAUCGACGACUGAGCGGCGGUGUGCUUCUUGAUGAUCGAAUCGAGGACAACAUCGGCAAACGCAUAAAGCAUUUGCGGCAGAUUGGCAUCCCUAGGAUUGUCGUACUAGCCAAAACCACUGAGGAUACGAUCAAUAAGGUCCCUAAGGUGGAGUACUUUCCGCCUGCACAAAAUCCAACAGAAGAUAGUAGCUAUGAAUGGACGUUGAGCGAAGUAAUGCAAUCUAUAGGAUAGAGGAUAGAAGUUGCUAACUUUAUUUUCGAACGGGUCCGUUGACAUAUUGACCAGAACAAUGAUUUGCCCUUAGAAUUGCUCAUAAUCAGAUUAUGACUAAUAAAAUGCGAACAAUAAUAAAAAUUUAU